UGAUGUUUGGAGGAGCCACGAGAGGCAGCCAGGUCCCAGCACACUCAGAAAUGACUCCACUUUGUACAGUUAGUUCCCUCUGCCUGUGAUUAAGACAUAACUCACUGGAAGAUGACCCCAGAGAAGUCCAAAUACAGAGCUGUGCCCCUAGCCUCAGCUCCAUUCCGUCAUACACUGAUCCAAAAAGAGCCAUACCCCGCAGAGCAAAAGUAGGUCCCAGCUCACAGUGCUGGGGAGAGUGUAAGGGAAUGGCUGUCUCUGCUCUGACCUGUGAGUCCAGGUCAUUGCUAAAACUUCCCUGGGCCUCCGUUUCUCACUGUGAAGUAUGGGGCCAUAAUAAAGCCCUUAACAAUCCCCUAUUCCUCUCCUAACUUGGCCCCCUUUCCUCAAUCUUGGUGUCUGUUUCCGCUGCCUAUUUAUACACACUUUAAGAAGUUCAUUACCUUGCUUUCCCAGCUGGAUGGCUUUCCAGUCUUGUGUUCCUCUUUUUGCUUUUGAUCCUUAUACACUGUGAAUGUGCUUCAUUUCUACAUGUACCUUUAUAAACACACAGAUAUGUCCCUGCCUGUUGGAGAUGCUGAGCAAACGGUUGUAGGAUGAAUGAAUAUAUGAAACAUUGUCUCCUACGUUCGUAUAUACAUUCCUUCAAUAUUCAGCAGGUACCUAAUAUAUAUAGAAAUGCCAACCUUCCCCUCUACACUCUAAAAUCAUUCUUCCUCCUUUUGUCACCUUCCCCCUUUCCCACCGUAUUUUUUCUCCUUUUCCUAAGCCAGAAAGUUAGGCUGAGUGCUCAGCAAGGCAGGAGGCAGAGACACAAGAGCAGGCCAAUGGAAACAGACACCGUGGAAGGGAGCCAGGUGAAAUAAGGGCAAAGACAGCUGUACAACAUGCAGAGAGAAACCAAGCAGAAUGAAAAGCAGUGAUUCAUGGAGCACUGCCACUCGGAUACUCCUUGGAUUUCGCUCUGAGAGCUACUGUGAGAUUGAGGUCAGCGAGGGCUGGCAUGGAGAUGAAGGGCAGACAGGCUCCUCCUCCCCGGAGAUGCACUGCUCGUCAAUCCCUCCCCUUAAUCCUGUUCUACCCACCCCACCCCCACGACUCCCUCACACUGACCAGUAUCCUGGGCCUUUAAGGGUUGGAUGGGCUGGACUGAGGAGAGAACUCACACCUCUCCCCACCCCACUCCCUCCAUCUGGCUGUAAGUCAGCCAGCGACAGCAGCAAACUGCAGCAGAAGAGGGGAGGAAGCCAGUGAGUGCAAGAAGAGCAAAGGAGCCCCACUGGAUUUCCUUGCCCCACAGCGGAGAGCAUCCCAGAGCUCAGACGUAGGACGGCUCUCCUGCCCACGACCUCAAAAUUAACCUGAAGCCUCUUGCUGCUCCUCGCUCCUUCUGUGACUCUAGCAUCAGCUGGUGAAGCAGUGGGUGAUGGCGUAUCUGCUGCAAGGCCGGCUGCCCAUCAAUCAAGAUCUGCUGCUGAUGCAGAAAGGCACAGUGAUGCGCAAGGUGAGGUCCAAAAGCUGGAAGAAGCUAAGAUUCUUCAGACUUCAGGACGAUGGCAUGACAGUCUGGCAUGCCCGGCAGGCCGGAGGCAGGGCCAAGCCCAGCUUCUCAAUCUCCGACGUGGACACAGUACGUGAGGGCCACGAGUCUGAGUUGCUGCGCAACCUGGCAGAGGAGUUCCCCCUGGAGCAGGGCUUCACCAUCGUCUUCCAUGGCCGCCGCUCCAACCUGGACCUGGUGGCCAACAGCGUCCAGGAAGCCCAGACCUGGAUGCAGGGGCUCCAGCUGUUGGUGAGCUUUGUCACCAACAUGGACCAACAGGAGAGGCUGGACCAAUGGCUGAGUGAUUGGUUCCAGCGUGGAGACAAAAACCAGGAUGGUCGGAUGAGUUUCGGAGAGGUCCAACGGUUAUUGCACCUGAUGAAUGUGGAAAUGGACCAGGAAUAUGCCUUUCAGCUUUUCCAGACAGCAGACACAUCCCAGUCUGGGACUCUGGAGGGAGAAGAAUUUGUAGAGUUCUAUAAGUCAUUGACUCAGCGUCCAGAGGUGCAGGAACUGUUUGAAAAGUUUUCAUCUGAUGGGCAGAAACUGACCCUGCUGGAAUUUGUGGAUUUCCUCCGAGAGGAGCAGAAGGAAGGAGAACAGGCUUCUGACCUUGCUCUGGAACUCAUCGACCGCUAUGAGCCUUCAGAAAGUGGCAAACUGCGGCAUGUGCUGAGCAUGGACGGCUUCCUGGGCUACCUCUGCUCGAAGGACGGAGACAUCUUCAAUCCGACCUGCUACCCCCUUUACCAGGACAUGACUCAACCCCUGAACCACUACUACAUCAACUCCUCCCACAACACCUACCUGGUGGGGGACCAGCUUUGUGGCCAGAGCAGCGUGGAGGGAUACAUACGGGCCCUGAAGCGGGGGUGCCGCUGUGUGGAGGUGGAUAUAUGGGAUGGACCAAGCGGGGAACCUAUUGUUUACCACGGACACACCCUGACCUCCCGCAUCCCAUUCAAAGAUGUUGUGGCCGCUAUAGGACAGUAUGCCUUCCAGACAUCAGACUAUCCAGUCAUCUUGUCGCUGGAGAACCACUGCAGCUGGGAGCAGCAGGAAAUCAUAGUGCGCCAUCUGACAGAGAUCCUGGGGGAUCAGCUACUGACAACAGCCUUGGAUGGGCAGCUUCUCACUCAGCUGCCCUCCCCCGAGGACCUUCGGAGGAAGAUCCUUGUGAAGGGGAAGAAGCUAACGGCUGAGGAAGAGGAGGAAGAGCCAGAGGCUGACCUGGAGGCAGGGCAGGAGGCUGAGCUGGACUUGGAGGCCCAGCUGGAGUCUGAGCCCCAGGAGCUGAGCCCUCGUGGUGAGGACAAAAAGAAGAAACCCAAGGCCAUCUUGUGUCCAGCCCUCUCUGCCCUGGUUGUCUACUUGAAGGCUGUCACAUUCUACAGCUUCACUCACUCGAGGGAGCACUACCACUUCUAUGAAACAUCAUCUUUCUCUGAAACCAAGGCCAAGAACCUUAUCAAGGAAGCUGGCGAUGAGUUUGUGCAGCACAAUACCUGGCAGUUAAGCAGAGUAUAUCCCAGUGGGCUGAGGACGGAUUCAUCCAACUACAACCCCCAGGAAUUCUGGAAUGCAGGCUGCCAGAUGGUGGCUAUGAACAUGCAGACAGCCGGGCUGGAGAUGGACCUGUGUGAUGGGCUCUUCCGCCAGAACGCUGGCUGUGGCUAUGUGUUGAAGCCAGACUUCCUGCGUGAUGCCCAGAGUUCCUUCCACCCUGAGAGGCCCAUCAGCCCUUUCAAAGCCCAGACCCUCAUAAUCCAGGCAGAUUCUUGACCACUGAGCCACCUGGGAAGCUCCUCGUUAAUCUGAAGUGCUGACAACAGUGCCUAGGGCACAGUAAGUGCUAUAGAAGGGUUGCUGUCAUAACUUUCCCACUUUCAGACCUCACUAAAUUUCUACUUGGACGCAUUUUAAAUUGCAGGUGAGGUACUAGAAGAAAAUAUAUUACCCAUGAGAAUUAGUUUUGCAAACCAUAAGCGUAUAGUGCAAGGUCCUGUGUCUCCCCCUCCCCUCAGCCUUCCUCCUCCCCCCAGGGUGUGAGAGCUGGAGGGGGGCUGGGCUGAGCAGGAACUAGUGAGGUUCCAGAGCCCUGGUUGCAGGUAAUCAGUGGUCAGCAACUCCCCAAAGUGGACGACACCAAAGAACAGUCCAUUGUGGACCCCCUGGUAAGAGUGGAGAUCUUUGGCGUCCGCCCGGACACAACCCGGCAAGAGACCAGCUACGUGGAGAACAAUGGUGAGACGCUGGGCAGUGCUGGGGAAAGUGGGAGGAGCAAGGCUGGGGUUUUCCCACUGUCCAGGUCUCUGUUAAGCACAGUCCAUCACCCCUCCUGCCACCUCCAUGGGAAGCACUGCAGACAGGACAAAGGAUGAGGACUCGGGUCUGAAGCUAGGUUGCUCACUUACAGUGACCUAAGCAGACUGCUUAUCCGCUCGGUUUCCUCACCUGUAAAGUGCUGACCACUCUAAAAAUGAAGCAAGGGAACUCAGGGUGAGCAACUCACCAGCACUCAGCAAUGUCUGUUCUUUUGUCCCUUCCCUCACUCACCCUCCGUGGCUCAGGUUUUAAUCCAUACUGGGGGCAGACGCUGUGCUUCCGGGUCCUGGUACCUGAACUGGCCCUACUGCGUUUUGUGGUGAAAGACUAUGACUGGAAAUCCCGAAACGACUUCAUUGGUCAGUACACCCUGCCGUGGA